AUGCUUAACUUAGAUAUUGCUUUGGUGGGGAUAUUUCUGGCAUCUACACCUGUACUGGAGGGUGCUGAAUGGCUGGUUAUCAUUGGACCGAUCUUUCUCACAUCGUUGCUUCUUUUUGUCAGUGGCAUUCCGCUGCUUGAGGAUUCGGCAGAUAAGAAGUUUGGUAAUGUAGAUGGAUAUAGGAUAUACAAAACAAGAACAAGCCCUUUAAUCCCAUUGCCACCAUCAGUCUAUGGGAACUUACCGGCAUGGUUCAAAAAAGCCCUUCUCUUGGAGUUUCCAUUUUACAAUCGUAAUCUUCCACUAGAAGAGAACUGGUGUAGAGGAAGCAGUGGGAAAAGCAGCGAUGAUCUGAAAAUGGACUAG